ACUUUGGUGGGCGUGGAUUCAGAAGAGAAGCUUCCUGCUCGGGUGAACACGUGGUUCCGUGUCUGCCUCCCUGCUUGUCUGUCAGUGUGAAGGUUUCCAGCCUUUCUCUCAUACCUCUCCCUACUUAUCCUCCCGUACCACACAGCAGACCUUAUCCUCUCUUUACUCCGUCCCACCCGCACCUCCUCCACCUCCUGCUACACUUUGGUUCUUCUCUUUGCGACGGCUCCCGGGACUGCUGACACAGCCAGGCCGCGGUCACUUCAACGUGUAUCCGCUCACAGAGGGAUAGAGAGGGAGAGAGAGAGGGGGAGAGUGAGUGAGUGAGUGAGUGAGUGAGUGUGUGUGUGUGUGUGUGUGUGUGUGUGAGAGAGAGAAAGUGUGUGUGUGUGUGUGUGUGUGAGCGCAACCGGUCCAUCCGUGUUAUUAUUUCUCCCACGAUCCCGCCUCGUUAUUCGGCCAUGACGCUGGAAGCGAUCCGCUACCGGUCCGGCUCUCUGCAGAUCCUAAACCAGCUGCUGCUGCCACACAAGACCGCUUACGAUGAGAUCCGCUCGGUGCAGGACGCUUACGAGGCCAUCAAGUCCAUGAAGGUGCGGGGCGCCCCGGCCAUCGCCAUCGUCGGCUGCCUAAGCCUGGCUGUGGAGUUGCGGGCAGGCGCUGGGGGGGAUGAUCCCGUGACCUUUAUUAGGGAGUCUCUGUGUCACCUGACCUCAGCUCGGCCCACCGCCGUCAACAUGGGCCGCGCCGCCCGCGAGCUGAUGGAGUUUGCUGAGAACGAGAGCAUGGAGAAGAACUCGGAGCAGCUCAGAGAAAGUGUAAUUGCCUGGAUCGAAGACAUGCUGGAGCGUGACGUCAAUGACAAUAAGAAGAUCGGAAACUAUGGCGCCCAGCACAUCCUGUCUGGCGUUCCGAGGGACUCUGUGACCAUCCUCACACACUGCAACACCGGCUCGCUGGCCACUGCUGGAUACGGGACCGCACUCGGUGUGGUGCGAAGCCUCCACGCGCUGAGCAGGCUGAAGCGUGUGUACUGCACAGAGACGAGGCCAUACAACCAGGGAUCCAGACUGACGGCUUAUGAGGCGGUAGCAGAGGGAAUCCCUGCUACACUCAUUACAGACAGCAUGGCAGCCCUCACCAUGAGAGAAAUGGACAUCACAGCUGUGGUGGUGGGUGCAGACAGGGUGGUUGCCAACGGUGACACUGCCAACAAGGUGGGCACAUACCAGCUGGCCAUUGCCGCAAAGCACCAUGGGAUUCCGUUCUAUGUUGCCGCACCCAGCACGUCAUGCGACUUGAGCCUAGAGAGCGGCAGGGACAUCAUCAUCGAAGUGCGCCCCCCUGAGGAACUCACCAGUAUAAAUGGAAUCCCCAUUGCUGCCCCGGGUAUCGAGGUGUGGAACCCAGCAUUUGACGUGACCCCUCACCAGCUCAUCACAGGAGGCAUCAUCACAGAGCUGGGAGUCUUCCUCCCCUCUGAGCUCCAGGCGGCACUCACCGGCCGCCUGACUGCCCUCUAGAGUCACUCAGCCACACCUGGUGGUCCGUGUGCACCACUGCACCUUAACGUCACACACUCAAAGACACUCAUUUCAUCACAGAACACACACACACACACACACACACACACACACACACACACUCAUAGUUGUGUUAUAAUUUAAUUUUGGUCAAUGUACAGUCCCUGUUACAUGUCAGUGGUGCACACAGAAAAAAAAAUGUUUAUCAGUCUCUUACUCACCCACAUACACAUUCACUGCAGGGAGUCAAGCAGACACACUCCACUUUCUUUUAUGUCCCUCUUUGUUUUCUAUGGUCUUACCAAUUUCACCUUUUCCCAAGUUUUCCAUUCCAUUUUUCAUUCUCUCUUGUCGCCUCUUUCCAUGCUAAAUGGCUUCUGUGACAACGAAUAGUGAUCAGCUGAACUCAAUCCCAUGAAUUCUAUUUGGCAAAAAAAUGAUGAAGUCAUUUUUCAGGACUUCUUCAACUACAAACUAAAAAACCUCCAAAAUGUCUAAGUGGCAUGACUGUUUAUUUAAUUUCAAAGUAGUGCUUUUUUCUCAGCCACUGUUUCUAAAUGCUGCUACCCACUUGUAAAUAAAUACAUAUUCUUGCUGGUAGUGUGUACAUAUGUAGAAAACUAACCCCUGCUAGUAAAAGGUACUACUAUUUUAACCAAAUAUGUGGUUAUUUGAUAUUAAAUUUGACAUAAAAAAUGUUAUAUUAACAUUUCAUUUAUUUGCGUAGAAACCUUUUUGUAGAGGAAUUAUCCAAAUUUAUAGCUCAUACAUUUUCACAACCAGAUUUUUAGUGAUAUGAACAAUUGUAUUUCACUCUCACUUUUUACCCCGUGCAGCAAAAUUUGGAAUUUCUUGAUCGGUCCUCGUUAGUCAGCUGAAGCCUUUGACAAUACAUGUAUGUAUACCUCAUUGCUUGUUUGUAUCUUGCUAUUCCCAGUUGUAUUGUAUCAUACCAUACUUGUAUUCUCAUAAUGUACUUAUAUAUAUAUAUAUGUAACCAUACUUAUUUCAGCACCAUACAAAUAUUCACCAUAUUGCAAAAGACGCUCUGUAAGAUUGAAAAAUCAAAAAAAAAAAAAAAAACAUUGAGGGAACUUGUGUAAUUUUUGCCAUAACAGCUUUUGCCAUGAUCUCAGAGGUCUGUUAUGCUGUUGUAUUUCUGUAAUACAGGCAUCUCCAUUAAAGGAAUAGUUCACCCUAAAAUAAAGGUUUUGUCAUCUGCUCACUUGCAUGUCAGUCAAGACUUAACUAAUCACAACUAACCAUAAAAUAAAUAUGUAGCUUCUUUUUGUUCUGGUAUGGCUGGCUCAAAUUAAGGUCAUCGUUUUAUAGCCUAGAAAAAUAAAAAAAUAAAAAUUAAUUAUAAUCAAAUGGUUCAAAUCGAUAUUUCCUAAAGAACCCUGCUUGCCACUAAAGUUCAGCUAGAUAGAAUGGUCACUCCACUCUUCAGCUUCACGGAGUGUUUUAGCUUCUUUCAGCUUAUUGUUUUGGUUUUACAGCUGGCAACGUUACUGUUUUGAUUCACUCUUCACUGCACUCACAACUUUGUUUAGUUUUAAAGGACGCCGUUUUGGAAAAGCUCUGGUAAAACCACUGCACACUACCUGUUUAGCACCAAAUAACAGACAGACACAGUAAGCGACUUGUUUAUAUUCCCCCAGGGAGUUGGUGGAGAGCAAAACGGAGCUGAAUUGAGAGUAAAUAUUGGUUUUGAUUUGUCAGUUGGACACAAACAUGACUCCACAUUAAUGAUUAUGUUGCUCUGUGUCCACAGGAUGCAUGCGUGGCUGUUUGCUAACAUGCCUUAACAACUUUAUAAGGUGGUAAUAUAAUAAUGAUGUGUUUACACCUUGUUGCGCUGCCCCCAAGUAGCCAAAAAAGCAAUUAAUGCAGGUCUAAAGACCCUCGGUCUGGACAUUAUGCAGGUAUUUGAAAGUGUUAGGGAAAGCAAGGCGUGUAUUGUAUUUUACUAUAUAGAUCUGUGAAAAGAUGGUUUUAACUUUAGUUACUCAGAAGUCUAAGAGAGAAAUAUGAGAACAACUAAUGUGGCCAUACACACUGCAGAGUUAAUCAAAAACUUGAUGUGGGGAUGAGCAGUAGAUGACUUCAUGUCUUUAUUUUGAGGUGAACUAUUCCUUUAAGAUUGGUGGGGUCUUAUCCACACUGAAGUAUCUGUCUGCAGAGAGCUCUGCGACACAGCGUGAUACCAUCAAAAAUCAGAAUGUAAUAUUAAACUCAGAUGAACUUGCUUUUUGGCAGGACAGGACAGUCCCUUCUUGCCUUUGUUCUCUGUUCAGAAUGUGUUUAGACUUUUUGCAUUAAUCCCUCCUCUUAACUGAAAUGCUAUUUUACUUAAGAAAAAUAAUCAGUAACUACUUGGAUAACAUUAAGGCUUAUGUUUUUUUUCCAAGCAAAAAGGCCAAAUGUGAAUAUUUGCUAUUUUUCUCAGUUUUGUCAUGAGAAAUCAUAUGAAUUAAUUAAUCAUUAAUUGCAGCCCUACCUUCAUCACGCACCCUUAUUGACUCUCUAGUUUUAAAACCUGACAGUGACCAUAACCACUAGUUAUUGAUUGUGUGUAACUGGCCAGUCAUCCGACAAUGCGUUUGUUGUUCUAAGUGGCUCCAUAGAAAAUUCCCAGAUAUCGCGAUCUGUAUGGGACACACCUACUCGCUGCACUGAAUGUCACAGGGCCAGACUCGGGGUGGCCCACACUGAUCACUGCCUUACAGGUGCAGCACCAAUAUAGCUCACUGAUGUGAACUGGCAUCAUGACCGGAGAGACAGCAGCCCCUCAGUCCUUCCUUCACCCUGGUUUAUAUCAUGUAGCCAUAUCUUUCAACCCUGGCCACAAAAUAAGCUAGUCUACCUUCUUAACACCCCUUCUGACCUCAUACACGGCCCUUUUGGACUUUGUCACUAACUUUAUUCAUUUAAACAAGUGACAAAAAAAAAACAAGAACCGCUGAAAGGCCCAGAGAAACGCCCUUAAAAAAAACUUAAUGUUAAUAAUAAUUUCAGUAUCCAUACUGUCAUUGUCCAUAUCUUCCUGUAAGAUUACUUCUUCCUUCAUCUUCCACCUCUUCAUUUGUUCUCUGUUCACCCAUCGCACCUCAACUCACAAAGAUGCUGUUAGGUCACACACGAGCGUAAAAGACACUGAAUUUUCUUUUUGUUUUGUACAGAUUAAGACAUCACGUGUUUAGGGGCAAAUUUGGACCGUGUUCCAUAAAUAUGUAGCAACUUUGUGGCAGUCAGACACGCCACAUAUUAUUUCUUUCUAAAUCUUUAAGAGGUACGAGAUUUUUGUUUGUCUGUACAUCAUGAUUAUAACUGUUUGGCUGUGGUUUGUUGUUUUAUUUCAUGACAUUGUGAUUCCUAGUGACUAGGCCAUUAGUACACCACACUGGGGAGGCCUCCUCAACCAUACACACUACCUCUCCGUCUGCCUACACAGACUCAAAACACUGAAAUGCAUGAACAUAUGCACUUAAUGUGCCAGGCUGCAGCAAAGCAGGUUGACAGAUUGUAAAAAAAA